AUGGGACUGCUGCCGGCAGUUGUUAGCGCCACCAUCAUUGUAGCCAUUCCUGUCAUUCAAAUAGGUAUUGUGUACAGAAUUAUCUGGGUGCCGGACAAACCGGAAGUCGACAAAAACAAUUGUGAAAAUUCAUGUUUUGAUACCAUCUUUAAAGGCUCCUACGAGAAGAGCGGAAGUAAGCAUGGGUACAAGCACGUGUACUUCAACGCCACGCGGCAGACCAUGUGUGUUUGGGUCAUCACCUUUGUGUAUGUCAUCCUUGGAUACGAAGCACUGAAGCUCUUUUUCUCCUUCCUCUUCUCUCGCUCCCUCCGACCAAUCAUGGCGACUCUCUUCUUCGUCAGUGUCUACCCACACGUCUUCGCCUGGUGGGCAAUAUUCAACUACUACAACGACGAUUUCUACCUGAUGUUCAACCACCAAAUAUUCUUCUCAGUCACAGAAAUGCUGUCGACGUACGCCAUCUUGAAAUCAUGCGACAGACACUCUGAAAGGCGUGUUGUGCUUUAUAAUUUAAUCAUAGGGGCUGCUCUUGCACAUGUUAUUAUUGGCAGUUUGGACCAAUUCAUUUCUCAUAUUAUAUACAAGGAGGGCAAACCUCACCAGGUAUGGCGGGACAUCGGGCUCCUGGUCCCCGAUAUCAUGAUGGUAGUACUUCCGGUUGUUGAUUACAUGAAAGGGGAGAUAACUCUGAGACCCAGAUAUAUAUUGUCGGAUCUACGUGAACGUUUCACCAAGGAUAAAUCAUCAAGGACAAAUGCUUUAAUUUUAGUAGGCUAUGUGGCCGGUUUGCUAAUAACAGGGAAACUAUUAUAAGUAAUUAUACAUUGUAUUGGCCUAUUAAUGUAACUAGUAUAGAUCAAAUAAGCCCUGUCCGAACUCCGUACACGAAUUUUGUGCGAACCCGAGUGAAGCAAUGUGUAGAGCAGGCGCACGUUAGAUGCUGAGCACGUUGCACGAGACAUAUUGCGAUUGAUGGGACCUCUGCAUUCACGGGUGAUGGUGGGUGCGUACUGAAAAGAAACCCUUGAAAUUUGACCAUAUUAAAGCACGUCACCUAAACAGUUAUAUGACGAUAUUUAAAGAAACCAAAUGCUGUCUAGUUUUUUUAGGGGCAAAAGAAAGCAUACCUAUUAUACCUGUUAAAUUGAAAAAUUGAACGAACUGUGGCCAAAUUUGAUUGUCCUGCAACAGUUUGUCAAAAGUAAUCUGUGGCUGGGUAAUUAUGGGCAAAAAUAAAUUGGUUCAG